GGCUCCCCGCCGACCUCGUGGGCGGAGCCAGCAGCGGGCGGGUGGAGCCCUCCGGAAGACUAGCUGGUGCUGUGCUGGAGGGGAGUGCGCCCGCCUGGGUGAGCCGCACCCCGGGCUCCACUGGGCCGCGGGCUAGGGCGACCCGUGGCACAGGCAACCGUGGGGAAGCGCCUUGAAGCAGGGGCGCUAGAAGACUCCAGGUUGCGGCCCAAGAGGCCGCGCGCUCGUUGACCUGGCCGCUGCCGCUGCCCAGACACUAAAGCUGCAGCCAGCGAGGUGUAUCCUGGUCUAGGUGUACCCGCGGAAAGCGGGUUCAGGGAAUCCCUCCCAUCGCUGCUCCCCGCCUCGCUGUGCUGUUGCGAAAGGCCCUGCGGGAGGGUUAGGGUUUAUCAGGAGUGGCAGUAACCCGCCCUGGGCCGCCCAUGCUGGGGAAUUUCGAGAAGACCCACUUCCAGUCUGGAGGCCGGUGUGAACGUUGGGCGUAUUUUGAGUGGGGCUGUGGUCAGUAGAAGGCUGGAAAAGAAUAAAAUCUGUUACCAGUCCUCCCCUAAAGAAACACCUGGAGCUGAAAGCCUCAAGAGCGGGCGCUCACGCCCCUAUCUCUGGCCCCACCAGCGUCCACCGCCGAUCUGGUGAAGAGACUGAAGCCCAGAUAGUUGAAGUGCCUUAGAGCUUUUAAGUGCAAGAAUCAGGACUCUAACCCAGGCUGUCUGAUUUUAAAGCCUGCCCUCUUUCAAAUCUGUGUCCAGGCAGAAGUUUUAAACAUAUUUUUGCAAGCUCUGGAGUGCUGGCUGUAUGAGGGUGCUCCUGGAUCCCUCCUCUCCUGCCGUGCACUCUGCUAGAAGAAGAGAGAGGCAUGCCCUGAAACCUACCCAACCGCUGCCUCCCAACAAGGCGGUACUUAAUUUAAGAGCAGAGUCAGGUUUUCAGGGUUGUUAAAGUCACCUCAGCCUCUAGGAGCCCCCAGGUUCUGGUGCCGCAGGAUAUGCCUGAGGGCGGGAGGCUGUGAUCAGAGGAGGACCAGGCAGCCGUGAAUCCUCCCAGCAGAGGUCUGGCCGUUUCCCCAGCACAGGAAGACAGCCCCCGCUAGGCAGCCGUCAUCAUGCUGCAGCAGCUCCUGAUCACCCUGCCCACCGGGGCCAGCGCCUGGGUGAAGCUGCACCAUCCAAAGAAGGCCCAGGAGGGGGCGCCCCUGUGGGAGGACGUGACUAAGAUGUUUGAAGGAGAAGCUCUGCUACCUCAGGAUGCUGGUGAGACCCAGGGAGAACAUUUGAAGGAUGAAAGGACGUCUGGGGCUCGAACAGCAGAAUCCCAGGAACAGGUGACCUUCAAGGAUAUAUCUGUGAACUUCAGCCAGGAGGAGUGGGGGCAACUGACCCCUGCUCACCGGAACCUCUACCGGGAGGUAAUGCUGGAGAACUACGGGAACCUGGUCUCCGUGGCAGGAUAUGAACUUUCCAAGCCCAGGGUGAUUUCCAAAUUGGAAAAAGGAGAAGAGCCGUGGAUAACAGAGAAAGAUGGCCUAGAACAUCACAGUGCAGACUUGAAGAGUAAAACAGAAACCAGUAUGUCAACUGCAAAGAAUGAUAUUUUACAGGAACAGUUAUAUCAGGGCAUUGUGACGGAAAGGUUCGUGAGGGAUGAUGUCAUUGAUUCCACAUUGAGAAAAGUCUCCAGAUACAACGAUGAGUUCGAAAGGCCUCAGGACACCCAGGGAAGAAAUGUAAGACAAGCCAUCUUGACCCAUAAGAAGAGAGGCCAAGAAACUAAUAAAUUUGGGGAAAAUAUUGUGAGUUCAAAUGUUAUUGUAGAACAGAGGUACCAUAAAUAUGACACACUUAGAAAGAGGAACAAAUACAAAUUAAAUCUGAUGAACCGUCCAACAAGUUAUAUAAGAACAAAAACCUAUGAAUGUAACAUAUGUGAGAAAAUCUUCAAACAACCCAUUCAUCUUACAGAACACAUGAGAAUUCAUACUGGUGAGAAACCUUUCCGAUGUAAGGAAUGUGGCAGGGCCUUUAGUCAAAGCGCGUCUCUUAACACCCACCAGAGAAUCCAUACUGGUGAGAAACCCUUUGAAUGUGAAGAAUGUGGCAAAGCUUUCAGACAUCGCUCCUCUCUUAAUCAGCAUCACCGAACUCACACUGGGGAGAAACCCUAUGCAUGUGAUAAAUGUCAGAAAGCUUUCAGCCAGAACAUUAGUUUGAUCCAACAUUUGAGAACUCAUUCUGGAGAGAAACCCUUUACAUGCAAUGAAUGUGGGAAGACCUUUCGACAAAUUCGACACCUCAGUGAACAUGUAAGAAUUCAUACUGGGGAGAAGCCUUAUGCGUGCACUGCGUGUUGUAAAACCUUUAGUCAUAGAGCAUAUCUGACACAUCACCAGAGAAUCCAUACUGGGGAGAGACCCUACAAAUGUAAAGAGUGUGGGAAAGCCUUUAGGCAGAGGAUCCACCUUAGCAACCAUAAAACUGUUCAUACAGGAGUGAAAGCAUAUGAGUGCAACCGCUGCGGAAAAGCCUACAGGCACGACUCAUCCUUUAAGAAACAUCAGAGACAUCACACUGGAGAAAAACCUUAUGAAUGUAAUGAAUGUGGAAAAGCCUUCAGCUAUAAUUCAUCACUUACCCGGCACCAUGAAAUACACAGGAGGAAUGCCUUCAGAGAUAAUGAGUAAAAACAGAUUAUCCAACAUGAGGACAAAAGCCAAGUCUAAAUCAGUGAUUCUACACUUUUAAAUUUUAGGGCUCUAAAUUGGAGUUAUUGAUAUAAUGAUACCAACUUCUAAUUUUGCCCAUU